GGUUAAUAUUGUUAUGUGUGAAUUUGAUACUGCCAUUUUGAUGCUAGCUGGCUGUUUUGCCCGUUAGUUGAUGUAGAUUCUUCAUUAUGUUGAUGCUCUUUAGCAUUUAGUGUGAUUUUGGAAUGGCUGGUACUGGUUGUUCCUUUCUAUGUGUAGUGCCUCUUUCAGGAGCUCUUGUAAAGCAGGCCUGGUGGUGACAAAAUCUCUGAGUACUUGCUUGUUUGCAAAGGAUUUUAUUUUUCCUUCACUUAUGAAGCUCAGUUUGGCUGGAUAUGAAAUUCUGGGUUGAAAGUUCUUUUCUUUAAGGUUGUUGAAUAUUGGCCCCCACUCUCUUCUGGCUUGUAGAGUUUCUGCCGAGAGAUCUGCUGUGAGUCUGAUGGGCUUCCCUUUGUGGGGGACCCAACCUUUCUCUCUGGCUGCCCUUAGUAUUUUCUCCUUUAUUUCAACCCUGGUGAAUGUGACGAUUAUGUGCCUUGGGGUUGCUCUUCUUGCAGAAUAUCUUUGUGGUGUUCUCUGUAUUUCCUGCAUUUGAGUGUUGGCCUACCUUGCUAGGUAGGGGAAAUUUUCCUGGAUAAUGUCCUGAAGAGUAUUUUCCAGCUUGGAUUCAUUCUCUUCGUCACAUUCUGAUACACCUAUCAAAUGUAGGUUAAAUCUCUUCAGAUAGUUUCACAUUUCUUGGAGACUUUGUUCAUUCCUUUUUGCGCUUUUUUCACUAAUCUUGGUUUCUUGUUUUAUUUCAUUGAGUUGAUCUUCGACUUCUGAUAUUCUUUCUUCUGCUUGGUCAAUUCGGCUGUUGAAACUUGUGCAUGCUUCACGAAGUUCUCGUAUUGUGUUUUUCAGUUCCUUCAGUUCAUUCAUAUUCCUCUCUAAGUUAUCCAUUCUUGUUAUCCUUUCCUCUAAUCUUUUUUCAAAUCUUUUUUCAAGGUUCUUAGUUUCUUUGCAUUGAUUUAAAACAUGUUCUUUUAGCUCACAAAAGUUUCUGAUUAUCCACCUUCUGAAGUCUAAUUCCAUCAUUUUGUCACAGUCUUUCUCCGUCCAGCUUUGUUCCCUUGCUGGUGAGGAGUUUUGGUCCUUUGUAGGAGGUGAGGUGUUCUGGUUUCGGGUGUUUUCUUCCUUUUUGCGCUGGUUUCUUCCCAUCUUUGUGGAUUUAUCCACCUGUCAUCUGAGUAGUUGCUGACUUUUCGAUUGGGUCUCUGAGUGGACGCCCAAAUUGUUGAUGAUGAAGUAUUUCUGUUACUUGGUUUUCCUUCUACCAGUCUAGCCCCUCCACUGUACGACAGCUGUGGUCCACUCCAGGCCCUGCUUGUCUGGGGUGCACCUAUAGCAGCUGUGGAACACUGAGGGAUGCUACCAGUUUCUUUUUCUGCUAUAUUUGUCCCAGAAUGAUGCCUGCCAAAUGUCAGUCUUCUGGAUAUAGAGGGGUCAGGGAGCUGCUUGAGGAGACAGUCUGUACUUUAUAGGAGCUCAAGUGCUGAGCUGUAAGCUCUGUUGUUCAUUCAGGGCUGUUAGGCUGCUAUGUUUAAUUCUACUGCAGCAGAACUCAUAAAGAAAAAUACUUUUUUUUCAGAUGCUCUGUCUCGGGGGGUUGGGGCUUUCUUUAUGAGUGUCCGUUGCGCUGUCCUGCCCAGCUAGGAGGCAGUCUAGUCACUAUUUGCCUGCCGAGGCUCCGCCCUGCUGGUGUGAGGUCCGCCCUGUUGCUGCAGGCUCUUCCCUGCCGCUGCGGUCUCCACCCUGCUGCCACGGGCUAUGCCCUGCGGCGGAGUCUCUCUAUUGUGGCUGGUUGCCUCGGCAAUGGCAGGUUGCGUCAGCAAUGGUAGUGUAACCUCAGUAGGGGCGGAUUGCCUCAGUAAUGGCGGACGCCCCUCCCCCACCAAGCUGCACCGUCCUGGGUUCAGCUGUGCCCGCAGUGAAACUCUCCACGUAGAGCGUUUGGAAUCACUGUUUCGUUUGCCCCACUGUGCUGGCCCAAACGCCGUUUCCCUGAAAUCUCCUGGCCUGGCUCACUGUCCAAGUCCCGUUCAAUCAGAUGGAUAUGCCAAUCUGCCCUCUCAAGUCUCCAAUUGCCAGUUAAACAGGGUAUCCGGACCAGUGCGCUUUGUGCGGAGCACUGUGGAGCCCCAGUGUGCUGUAGCGCCGGCCGCCGGCUGCACCAGCCAAAACCACUGCGCUGGCGUCCCGCAUCUCUUUUAUACCUGGGAAUAUCCCCGUUCUGUGGGCAACAAAGAUCCGUCUGGAAAUGCGGCCCUGACUCACCCUCCGCAAGUUCACGGAGAGCUUCAAUCCUGGGUUGUUCUCACUGCUCCAUCUUGAAUCGGUCAAGACUCCAUCUCAAAAAAAAAAAAAAAAAAAAGAAAGAAGGGAGAAUCACUUAAGACCAGACCAGCCUGGACAACAUAGCAAGACCCUGGCUCUACAGAAAAACAAAGAGAAUUAUCUGGGCAUAGAGGUACACAUCUUUAGUCCCAGCUUUUUUGGAGGCUAAGGUGGGAAGAUCACUUGAGCCCAGGAGUUCAAGGCUGUAGUGAGCUAUGAUUAAUUUCACUGCUGUACUCCAGCCUAGGUGACAGAGUGAGACCCUGUCUCUUUUAAAAAAAAAAAAUUCAUAUGCGGAUGUGAUACAGAUCCAUCAAAUGGGAGUAAAGCAUGAUUGAGAAUUUUUCCAUUAAAAAAGAAUACAUGUGUAAAGUAUUGCUAGUUACCUGUAGAAUGUGACUGCUAAUUGGAGCUGGAAGGGAAUACUUAACUUUGCACUGUGUGUUCUUUUGUAUUCUUUCUCUUCUUUUUCAUGUGUCUGUUUUCAUGUUGUUUUAGAAAUAGUCAAAAGAACACAUGUAUGUGUAAUUGGAUAUACAUUCUGGAAUAUAUUUCUAAAAAUGGAACAAAAGUUGUCUUGAGUAAUUUAGUCUGAUUUACCUUGUUUUGUUUUGUUUUCAAUUUAAACAUUUUUCCUGACGUGAUUGUAUUUAAUUUGCAUUUAUUUUUAGCUUUAAUUAUAGAGAAAGUAUAGGCUUGUGACCCAAGCUUGACCUACUUCAUCAGGAGCUAGAUAUACGAGGAAAACAGGAAUAGAACAAAGGUCUGCAACCCCGGGGGUUGCAGACUGAUACCAGCCCCUGGCCUAUUAGGAACCUGGCUGCAUAGCAGUAAGUGAACGGUAAGUGAGCGAGCAUUACCACCUGAGCUCCGCCUCCUGUCAAAUCGACAGUAGCAUAAGAUUCAAUAGGAGCGUGAAUCUUAUUGUGAACUAUGCACGUGAGGGACCUAGUUUGUGCACUACUUAGGAGAAUAGAAUGCCUGGUGAUCUGAGAUGGAAUAAUUUCAUCCCGAGAUCAUUCCCCCAACCCUGCUGUCUGUGGAAAAAAUUGUCUUCCACGAAACAUGUCCCUGGUGCCAAAAAGGUUGGUAACCUCUGAUGUACUCUGGUAAUUUGUGGCAACAUCAGUAAUAUUGAGUUUGUGGAGGAAGGAGAAGCAGCAGAGCAAAAGCAGUGGCUCUCUCGUGCUGGUGAGGCUGUACCAUCUACUUUUCCAUGACAACAGUACUCUCACAAGUCUGGUUUCCUAGUGUGAUCCUGGCUGUGGUCCAGAAUAUUGCUGCCCCAGUUUGUGUUCAUUUUCCAAGCCUAGUUUUCCUGGAGCUACCUGGUCCCUUGUGUAAAUGAGCCAAAGUCAAUUUAUUGCUAGAAAACUGAGAAACCACAUUUCUUAUAAACUUCUUAUAAAGCCAUCUGCCACAACCUAGAUUCUCAUCUUGUAUUUUAAAAAUAUAGUUUAGACAACAAAUGUUUCUAAGUGAGAAGAUGAUAAGCAUUUUGGGUGGAACUAUCUUUCAUUAUGCAGUACUUUCUUGUCCAUUUCCAGAUGAUUAGCAGCCUUGAUCUCAAUUUUUAAAUGCCAGUAGGACCCCCUUAGUCACCGUGAGAAAUGAAACAACCUCACACAUUUCUACUCACUCUGGAGAGGUAGGGGGAGAUACCACACAUCCAUGAGAACAACUGGAUGAGAUGAUUGAUGAGAUGUCUAUGAGAUCUGUAGUUCUAGGAGUCUGUCAUUUUGUUAUUUCUUAAUAUUUAAUGAGAUUUGCCAGGCUCACUGAGUUUUUUUUUUUUUGAGACCGAGUUUCGCUCUUGUUACCCAGGCUGGAGUGCAAUGGUGCAAUCUCGACUCACCGCAACCUCCGCCUCCCAGGUUCAGGCAAUUCUCCUGCCUCAGCCUCCCGAGUAGCUGGGACUACAGGCACACGCCACCAUGCCCAGCUAAUUUUUUGUAUUUUUAGUAGAGACGGGGUUUCACCAUGUUGACCAGGAUGGUCUCGAUCUCUGGACCUCGUGAUCCACUCACCUCCGCCUCCCAAAGUGCUGGGAUUACAGGCUUGAGCCACCACACCCGGCCCCACUGAGUUUUUAAAAUAUAUUUUCAAGAAAAUACAUGUGCUUCCAGCUUCUGGUAAUAGAGAAAUAGCUCCUUACAGACUAAUUCAUCUGUGGAUUACUACUACACUCUGGAUAAAAUAUAAGAAACCUGAAGGUACUAGAGAGAAAUCAGAAGCAGACAGAUACUGGACACCUGUGUAUAUUUGAAAGAAGGAAUUGUCAGCAGCUAAACUUUCUGGUUUUUAUAGCUUUUUGCCUGGGAGUAUGCCACAGGCAGCACCAACAGAAUGAUCAAAACUUGGUCACAAACCUGCAGUCUUACUGGUGUGAAGAAUCACAAGAUAGAGUUUGAGGCAAACUUAGCAACUGGAACGCGAGAGGAGGAAUUUUGGAAAGGAGAGAGGCAGAGAAGGGGAGCCCCAAAUUCUGUGCACAACCUCUGCCUAAAUCUUUAGUUGACCCCUGAACCAUACAUGCACAGGACAGACUCAAAGUAGCCCAAAUAAGAAUUGAAUAGAGAUAUUCAAUGCUGUCCAUUAGAGAGGUGGGUGUCCGAGUUUGGAAUUUAAGUCCAACUAAAUUGACUACCUGCUUAAAGAAAUCAGUACUCUUCAAAGGAACCUAACAAAAUCCAGAGUUUCUACAUUGUGUACUAUACAACUUCCAGGAUGAGGUAGGCAUAUGUAGAAAUGGGAAAGUGCAACCAAAGUUCAAGAGGAAGAUAAUAAAUAGAGACCAUGACUCAGAUGACCCAGAUGUUGGGAUUCACAGAUAAAGAUAUUAAAAUGGCUAUUAUAACUGUGCUCAAGGACUUAGAGGAAAAUAUACAUGUAAAGAAUGAAACAAUACAAAAUGCAAGCAACAAAAUAGAGACUGUGAAAAAAAGUAAUUCUAGACUAUGAAAUUUUAGAACUGAAAAAUAAAAUACCUGAAAUUGUAAAAUUUUAAAAAAUCACUGUAUAGGCUUAACUUUUGGAAAUGAACAUUAGGAAAAGUCAGUGACACUUGAAGAUAGAUUGAUAGAAAUUAUCCUAUCUAAAAAAAAGAGAAAAAACAGCCUCAGUUACCAACUGAAUGAUAUUAAAAGAUCUAAUAUACAUGAAAUUAGAGUUCUAGAAGGAGAGGGGACAGAGACUGGGGUAAAAUAUAUUAAAAGGAAAUAAUCGCCUAAAGUUUCUCAAAUUUGGUAAAAAACAUAAAUUUACAGUUUAUAACAUUUGAUGAAUCUCAAGCAGGAUAAAUACAAAGGAAGUCAUAGCUACACACAUCAUUGACCAGUGGCAUGCAGUAGAAAUAUAGUGUGAACCAAGAAUGCAAGCCACAUACCUAACAUAAAAUUUUUCACCAGCCACAUUAAAAAAUAAACAGAAGCAAAUAAAUUAACUUUAAUGAUGUAUUUUAUUUGACCCUGUAUAUCCAAAUAUUAUUUCUACUGGUAAUCAAUAUAAAAUUGUUAUUGAGAUAACUUUCAUAUAUGUUUGCAUAGGUAUGUAUAUGUUGUGUGUGUGUGUAUAUACUUUUAAGUAAAUCAUCUGGUAUGUAUUUUAUACAGAUAACAUGUCUCAAUUCAGAAAAGCCACAUUACACAUAUUCAGUAGCCUCAUGUAGCUAGCUGGUCUCUACCAUAUUGGGAAAAGUCAGAGAAAUCACAAAAACCAAAGAUUUGAAAGCAGGCAGAAAAUAAAUUGUAUUACAUGCAGAGAAUCAAUAUUUGAAUGACCAAUGGCUUCUCAUCAGAAACAACAAAGACCAGGAAGCAAUAGAAUGACAUUUUAAAUGCUGAAAGAGAAAAAAAUUCAACCCAGAAUUCUACAUCCAAUGAAAAUACUCUUCAAGAAUGAAGAUGAAAUAAUGGCAUUUUCAAGUAAAAUAAAAUUAAGCUAAUUCAUUGCCAGCAAGCCUGCUCUAUAAGAUAUGCUAAAGGAAGUUACACAAGUUAAAGGAAAAAUAUACCAGAUGGGAACUCUGAUUUUAGGAAUAAUGAAGAGCAUUAGAAAUGGUAGCUAUCUGGAUAAAUAUAAAAUACAUUUUUUCCCUCGAUUUCUUUAAAAUGCAGCUGACUGAUUAAAGCAAAAUAAUACUAUUGUAUUAUAGUAGAGGGUUUACAACGUAGGUAGCUAUAGUGCAAAUAACAACUGUGAAGAUAGAAUUUAUUUACAUCUCGUAAUGUAAACAUAACAUAAAAGUUUUGUAUGCAUCAUACAUACAUACAUACAUACAUACAUACAUACAUACAUAUCUGGACUGGGAAAGGUCUCUCUUUUUCUCUGAAAAAAGCUCUAUUUUUAUUUCUGGGGAUUCUUGGAUUUUUUUUUUUUUUUGAGACAGAGUUUCCCUCUGUUGCCCAGGCUGGAGUGAACUGGUGUGAACUUGGCUCACUGCAGCUUCCCUGGGUACAAACAGUUCUCAUGCCUCAGCCUCCUGAGUAGCUGAGACUACAGGCACAUGAAACCACGCCUGGCUAAUUUUUUGUAUUUUUAGUAGAGAUGGGGUUUCACCAUGUUGCCAAGGCUGGUCUUGAACUUCUGAGCUAAGGCAGUCCACCCAGCUUGGGUUCCCAAAGUGCUAGGGUUAUAGGUGUGAGCCACUGAACCUGGCCAUCAGCUUGUGUGGGUUUUUGUUGUUAUUGUUGUUUGUUUGUUUGUUUGUUUGUUUUUUGAGACUGAGUAUCCCACUGUCACCUAGGCUGGAGUGCAGUGGUGUGAUCUCUGCCUUCCGGGUUCAAGUAAUAUCUCUUGCUUCAGCCUUCCAAGUAGCUGGGAUUACGGGUACCCACCACCACACCCAGCUAAUUUUUGUACCUUUUUUUUUUUAAAGUAGAGAUGGGGUUUCACUGUGGUGGCCAAACAGGUCUCGAACUCUUGACCUCAGGUGAUUCCUGCCUCCGCCUCCCAAAGUGCUGGGAUUAUAAGCGUGAGCCACUGCACCCUGCCUGGCUUGUGUAUUUUUAAGAUCCCAAUGCCACUGGCUACACCCUUAAGCUUCCUUAAUGAUGGCUUGCAACUGGCCUAAAUGAUUUGAUAGGGCUUGCUUGAUUACAUAGAAGACCCCUGCUAAGAGUUCCUCCUUGGAGCUCUCCCACACAAAGAUUCUUCACACAGACCCAGAGAUGUAGAGUGGUCUGUGCAAAUAAAGGGAGACGGCACAUGGAGUAUCUCUUGGCUUUCCAGUGCUUCCCUGGACUCUCUUUCUCUUGCUGUGUUGUACCCUUUGCCUUUAAAUGUAAAUCUUAACAUGAAUAUGCUCAGUGAAAUUUGGUUAAGUACUGUCAACUCUAUGAACUGGGAAUAAUCUUUGUAACAACUGUAGCAUAAAGAAAGGUGGUGGUGAUACUCACAAAGUUCUUGCAUUCAAUGUGAAAUGAUAUAUUAGCUCUAAAUAGAUGAUGAGUAACCAAAACUACUAUAAUUAUUAGAGUAACCACUAAAAAUGCAAAGAGGUCUAACUAAAAAGUCAACAUAUAAGUUAAAAUGGAAUUUAAGAAAAUUCAAAGCAAAGGAAGACACACACAUACAUACAUACAAUCUCCCUAACUGUAAAACACUGUAAGCCUAAUGGUAGGGUAUAAAGUAAUAAGUGAAAGAUUGCUUUUCUGCCCCUCUCCACAAAUAUCAAAGAAUAAUGAGGGUGACAGCUUGUAUUCUUCCGGAGAGUUUUGUAUGCAUCAUGCAUAUGUACAUACAGAUGUAGAAUUUUUAACAAAUAUAGAUCGUUUUGUGGCUGGCUUUUUCAUAUGAAUCAACAAUAUGUCCAGGUCAAAUUCCAAUGUCACACAGAUCUACCUAAUUAUAUUAAAGGCUGCAUAACAUUUUGUCGAAUAAAUGUACUGUAAUCUGCUUAUUUAUUUCCUUAUUGAUAGAUAUGUAGGUUGUCUUCAAUUGUUCACAUUGUAUUUCUUUCCUAUUGCUGUUAUAACAAAUUACCACAAACUCAGCAUCUUAAAACAAUGUAAAUUUAUUCUUUUACAGUUCUGGAAGUCAGAAGUCUGAAAUCAGUUUUCCUGGCUUGAGGAGUCCAUGACAUUCAGGGAUGUGGCUGUGUUCUUCAGCCAGGAUGAGUGGUUGCACCUGGACUCUGCCCAGAGAGCCUUGUACCGGGAGGUGAUGUUGGAGAACUACAGCACUCUUGUCUCACUGGGGAUUCCAUUUUCAAUGCCAAAGGUGAUUCAUCAGUUGCAACAAGGACAAGAUCCCUGCACAGUGGAAGGAGACGUCCCUUCCAAUACCUGUCUAGGUUUCAAGACUUGGCCUGAAACAGAAGCAUUGCCUCAUCGGCAGGAUAUUUUUAUAGAAGAAACAUUGCAGGGAAUGAUGAAGAAAGAAUUCAUUAAGUAUGGUCACUGGGACAUUAACUUUGAAGAAGCUGUGGAAUUUGAGAGCAGGACAGAAGAGGAACAAGAAAAGAAACCUUCUAGGCAAAUGAUAGUCUCACAUGAGAAAACCAUCAGUGAAGAUGGAAACCAUACAAGUCUUGAAUUGGAGAAAAACUUACUUACAAAUACAGCUCUCGUUACACAACAGAGUGUUCCUGUAGAAAGGAUACCCGAUAUGUAUUAUACAUUUGGGAAAGAUUUUAAACAGAAUAUUGAUCUCAUGAAAUGCUUCCAAAUUUACCCAGGAGGAAAACCUCACAUCUGUAAUGAAUGUGGGAAGAGCUUCAAGCAGAAUCUUCAUCUUAUUGAACACCAGAGAAUUCAUACAGGUGAGAAACCCUACAAAUGUAAUGAGUGUGAAAAAACCUUCAGCCACAGAUCAUCCCUUCUUUCUCAUCAGAGAAUUCAUACUGGAGAGAAACCUUAUAAGUGUAAUGAAUGUGAGAAAGCAUUUAGCAACAGUUCAACCCUUAUUAAACAUCUGAGAGUGCAUACCGGAGAGAAACCAUAUCGUUGUAGAGAAUGUGGUAAAGCCUUUAGCCAGUGUUCAACCCUCACUGUACAUCAGAGAAUUCAUACUGGAGAGAAACUCUAUAAAUGUAGUGAAUGUGAAAAGGCCUUCAACUGUAGAGCAAAACUUCACAGGCAUCAAAGAAUCCAUACAGGCGAGAAACCCUACAAAUGUAGUGAAUGUGGGAAAGGUUACAGCCAGUUUACAUCUCUAGCUGAACAUCAGAGAUUUCAUUCUGGAGAACAACUGUAUAAAUGCCUGGAAUGUGGGAGAACCUUCACACGUAUUGCAACCCUUAUUGAACAUGAGCGAAUUCACACCGGACAAAAACCUUAUCAAUGCAACGAAUGUGAGAAAGCCUUCAACCAGUAUUCGUCCUUUAAUGAACAUCGAAAAAUUCAUACUGGGGAAAAACUUUAUACAUGUGAUGAAUGUGGGAAAGCCUUUGGUUGCAAAUCUAACCUUUAUAGGCAUCAGAGAAUUCAUACUGGAGAGAAACCGUAUCAGUGUAAUCAGUGUGGAAAGGCUUUCAGCCAGUAUUCAUUUUUAACUGAACAUGAGAGGAUCCAUACUGGAGAGAAACUGUAUAAAUGUAUAGAAUGUGGGAAAGCCUACAGUUACAGAUCAAACCUUUGUAGACACAAAAAAGUUCACACUAAAGAGAAACUCUAUAAAUGGAAGGAAUAUGGGAAACCUUCCAUCUGCAGCUCCUCACUUACUCAGUAUCAGAGAUUUCUUAGAGGAGAUAAGGCCUAUGAGGUUUAGUUCAUCUCUCAAAUAAUCCAAGACUUCUCAUUGGGGAAUAAGGAGAAUAAUAAGUAGGGUGCAAACUCCUAAUAGAUUUAAGUCUUUUUUACUUCUGAAGAAAAUAUGUUAGUUGCCACUAAGUAAUGGUAAAAUUGAUUAGUGAAGUUAUGAAGAGCACUGCUUGUUAAGUUUUAAAAGAACCAUGUUGUGGUUUAUGGCCAUGCUUGCCAGUUUUGAUGGGGUUAAAAAAAAAAGAAAAAAAAGAACCAUAAAUUCUAAUGUUUCUAAAAUCCUAUAAAUGAUUUUUUAAUUCAUAGAAAAAAUGUAAAAGGCCCAACUUUUUUAAAAAUUAUGAAAAAUAGUUGAAUAUACAUAUUGCUUAUAUCAUAAGACCAUAUUCCCUUUAUAAGAGUAAGCUUCAAUAUGUGAAAUUUCUUUUAAAAACAGUCACUGAGUUAUUAAUAAUGUGAAUAAGUUCACAGCCUUUGUUAAAGUAGUGGGCCAACAUAGGAAGCACUCCUUUUCAUAAAGAGAAGCUAAACAUAAAAAGGAAAUUCUUUAAAUUUAACUCUUUAUGUGGAAAUAAUAAUGCUGUUUUUAUGAGCUUUCCCACCAGCAACUUAUAUGUGUAAACAAACAUAUAUAUGUGUAUGUGCGUGUGCGUGUGCGUGUGCGUGUGUGUGUGUGUGUGUGUGGAUACACAUACACAUGCAGCUUUGGGAAACAUUUUUUCAAAAGUCCUUUAUUAUUAAAAAAUGUAGUUUUAUUAAUUUAGAAUUUAGUUCUUAGAAUUAUGCCCAAAGGUAGACUCUGUUUCUUUUACUUUCUUCUGUUAUUUCCUAAUUUGAUGUGGUUUUAUAUAACUGAACAGAGUACUAUUAUAGUAGGGUAGAAGUUGCAUUAACUGAAGCAGUUGGAAAAACUGUAAUGAACAUACUUUGUUAUCUGUUGCAGAAGGUAUAUAUUUGGCAGAAUCUCAGGCUAUGUGUCUGGUAGCUCAUUAGAACCAGGAGAGAUUUUCGUUUAAUUAUAACCUUUCACUGUACUAAUGAAGAAUUGGAACUUAAUGAAGUUCCAAGACUAGAAUCUAGGUAUUCGGUUCUGGUGUUUUGAGAUAAUUAUAGGCUCAUUUCUAACCUGAGGUUCCAAGAGAACUAUUUGCUUUAUAGCCUGGUUAGACAUAGUUGCAGUAAUUUAAAGUUAUUGUUUUAUCUUUAAGGGUUUCCUCUCGCCUUAAUCUUAAUAAUUGACUCAUAACUAUAUUCUUUUUUCUUAUGAGUCCCUAAUUAUGCUUGCUUUUAUUAUAAUUGUACUUAAAUCCUUAAAGCUAGCUGAGCUCCAGAUAGUGUUUUUGGAGGCUCCACCUAUAAGGUUGCCUUCUUAUUACACAUAUUUUAGGAAUUAUUUUGUGUAGUUAUAUAUGAAGACUUUAUUAUUAGGCAUUCUUUUCAUCAUUUUAAAUGUUUAAUUCCCCUCCAGGCCUUUUUCCUCCAAUUUUAUAUUUGACUUUCAUUCAAUUAACAGUUGGUAUCAUUAAACAAAAAAAAGAUUCUAAUACAAUUAGCUAGACCUUCUGAGAAAGAUACAGAAUUAAACUCAAGCAUUUAGUAUAGUAUAUUCCUUAAUUGACUGGUUUUAGCUUAUCAGAAAGUAAUUGUUUUAUGUACUUAAAUACAUUACAAAGAAAAUGAGGUGUUUAAACAGACCUCAAUAUUUAACAUUGUACCCAAUAGUGGUGAGCUUGCUUAGUAUCCAAAUUUUGGUUUCUAAGUGCCAUUCCCCACUAAAAGGAACCAGGGUUCCUUGGAGAAAUAGCUGAUUCCAUGUUUGGAGCAGGGGAAGUGGGUGGUGUGACUAAAAUUUUUUUAAUUAAGAAAAUAAGCAAAAUAGUAUUUGAAGACUAAUGGGGUAAUGUCAGAAGGGGAUAGCCAACUGACCAAAUAUAGGACAACUUAAAAUAAAAAAGAAUAAUCACUGAUAUUGCUAAUAAUAUUAAGAAGGAAAAGAAGUUCAUAAUGAUGAAAGUAGAGAAAAAAACUUUAUAAAAUUAUUUGAAGUAUGUCUUUUAAAUGUACACAGAAUGAUAGAUUUGGAAAAAGUUACCAUUUUAAAUCCUUAAUGUAAUUAAAUCUGGCAAAAAUGUAUGGUAAAACCCAUUAGGUGAAAAAGGUUUUAAGGAACUUGGUUUAAAAAGUUUCAGAAGAAAUAAUUGCCUUUACAAUAAGUUUUGGCUGUCAAACUGCAUUUCACUCCUUCUGGAAUGAGCCAACAUUAUGUGGCUCCUGAUGGGAUUCAGUAUAAAGCAUAUGUGAUCAUCCUUGAUGUAUUGCCAAAAAUGUUCCCCCCAAAUUUAAUUAAAUCUCUUACCUAGACUUACUUUCCUGUUUAAAGAAAUACAAGGAAUAGAAGAACAAGUUAAAUUACACAGUAUGGAAAUAGACAAAUCCAGAGUUGGUACAGAACAACAGGUCUAAACUUUUCAAAAAGCAAAUGUAAUAAAACAAAAAGUGGUCUCUUCUAAAUUAAGACAAGAGACAUAACUAAAUGGAAAGUGUGAUCUUUUAUUAGCUUCUGAUUCAUUAAAAAAAUUAACCUAUAAAAGACAUGUGGGAGGAUAUUUGGGGAAAUAUGAAGAUGGAAUGGGUAUUAGAAAAUGUGGUAUGUUGAUUUUUCUAGAAGUGAUAAUUGAGUUAUAUAGGAUAAUGUUCUAAUUCUUAGGAGAUGCAUGCAGAAGUUUUUUUAGGUUUGAAAAGUCACGAUGUCUGCAGCAUAUUUUCAAAUAAAUAUUUACAAAAUUAGUCAACUGUUUUUUUGUGGUGGAUGUAGAAAUGUUCGUUGGUUGUUUAAAAAAUUUUCUAUAUAUGUAAAUUUUUAAUAAAAAUGCAAAAAUUGAUUGGAUAAAGUACUGAAUAUUAAUCUUUCUAUCAGAAUUCUCCCUUUAUAUUCUUAGGAAGUUCCUGUUUUAGAGUUUAUCUUCCGGGGAUGUAAUCAAUGGAAAGAAAGUAACUUUGGUUGGUACUGGUUCCACUUAAAAUGGAAUAAGCAUGCCCCACUUUAUCUUUCAUGCUAAAUGUAACUAAUGCAUGGAGCAGCUGUCUGGGAACCCUCGAAAGUAAUGGUAACAGGCUGUAAUUUGAAACAAGAUCAUUGUGGCACUCCUGGGGAUUCUUGUGAUGAGGACAGUGAUGGCUGAGCAGGCAUCUACACCUCAAAGUUAGGAACCCUUCACUCUGGUUAGAGGAUCUGUGGGACAAAAAGGGUUAGGAGAAUCCCCAUUGCUUUUCUUCCCUCACUAUCUUCCUGCUACUUGGACCUGGAGGUGAUGUAUUCAUUAGGUGUAUUAGCAGAGAGGAGAAACCCUUGGGUUUCUAACUUGAAGACUGGGAAGAGGAAGUGGCUCCUGAGAUCUGGAAGGCAACAAGGUAGUGAAAGAUAAGGAAGCUCAAGAAAGUGAUCUCAUACAGUUGUUUAUGCGAUUUGUUCUAUAUAUGUGUAGGUCUGACCUGGUAAUUGUUCAGUCUGACAUUGGGCAUAUAAGACAGAUCCAGAUAGCACUGAAAAUACUUAGAAAACUGGACUGACAUUAGAACCACAGCCCACAGGAGAUGGAUUGGAACUGGCGACCAAGACCAGCCAGUUAAAUUGACUGCUGAAAAAAAUACCCCAACAUUUUCCAGAAGAAUUAAAUACCCAGAGGCUCAUAAUACUCAAAACAUCCAAGAUGCAAUGCAGAAUCACAUGAAAUACAUGAAUCAGGAAAUUUUCAACAAUUCAAAGGAAAGACACAACAGACAGUAACCCCAAGAUGACACAGAUGUUGGAAUUAUGAGAAAGACUUUAAAGUAGAUAUUAUAAAAAACGUUUCAGAAAGUGUGACCAUUCCAGAAAUGGAUGGAAAUGUCAAUUGUUUCAGCAGGAAAAAAAUAAUUUGACUCAUUUCUGAUGGAAUAUGAUAGAAGUGAGGCCAUGUCACUUAAAAGACUGGGUUAUGAAAAGACUGCGGCUUCUGCAUAGGCAUGCACUCUCUUGAAUUACUUGACCUUUGGGAAGCCGGUUGCCAUAUUGUGAGGACACUUAGCCUAUGGAGAGUUCCAUGUAUUAAGAAACUGAAGCUCAUGGCCAACAGCCAGCAAGAAACUGUGGCCUUCGAGCUACCAUGUGAGUGAGCUUAGAAGUAGAUCCUUCACCUGAGCCUUCAAAUAAGACUGCAGCCACAGCCAACUACUUGCCCAUAACCUCAUGUGAGACGCUGAGCCAGAAAGAACUAGCUAAACCACUCACUUCUGGCUUCUUAACCCCCAGAAACUCUGGGUUAGUAAGUGAACCAGUAGGUUUUAGGGUAAUUUAUUAUGCAGCAAUAGAUAACUAAUACAGAACUUGGUACUUAGAGGUGAGUUGCUAUAAUGAAAACCCAAAAUAUGGGAGUGGAUUUGGAACUUGGCAGUGGGUGUUAAGUAGGCAUGUGCUGGUAAAAACCUAAAGUGCUUUGAAGAAACUACUUGUAGAAGCAUCAUAGUCUUUGACAAGACUGUAGAUGAGGACUUUUAGAAAAGCAAGGUUAAGUAUUGGAAAACUGGAGGAAGGAAGAACUUACAUAGUGGCAGACUAAAAGUAAAACAUGUGCCUAAUAUGAUAUCACUAAAGAGAUUUCCUGGCAGAGUGUUGAAGGUGCCAUCUGGCUUCUCGAUUGUAGUAAAAUAUGAGGAGAGAUUAAAAAACUAUAGGAAAGACCAUUAAACAAAAAGGAUCCAGGGCUUGAUGGUUUUGGAGAUAGUCGCAUCAAGACAACAGGAGAUGCUAAAAUUAAGAAAUUACUUCUUUGAGCAAAGAUCAAAUUUAGAGAAUUCCCUGGAAAGCACCCUCCAAUGAUGAAGCUCAUUAUAAUAUUUAAUAAAAAUUAAUAAGAGUUGACAAGGAUGUGGAAAAAUUGGAACCCUCAUACACUGAUGGUGGGAGUAUAAAAUGGUGCAGCCUCUUUGGAACACAGACUGGAAUUUACUUCAAAGAUUAAAUAUAGUAUAAUCAUGUGACUUAGCAAUUCCACUCUUAAAUUUAUACCCAAGAGAAUGAAAACAUUUAUAUGUGUACACAAAGGUUCAUAGCAGCAUUAUUCAUAAUAGAAAGUGGAGGCAACCCAGUGUUCAUCAACUGAUGAAUGAAUAGGUGAAAUGCAGCAUAUUUGUAUAAUGAAAUAUUGUUUGUCAAUAAAAAGAAAGAAAACACUGAAUAAAUAAAUGCUACAACAUGGGUCAACCUUGAAAACAUGCUGAGUGAAGGAAGCCAGUAACAAAGGACCACAUAUUAUAUGGUUCCAUUUAUAUGUGAUUUUCAGAAUAAGUACAUCUGUAGAGACAAAGUAGAUUAUCGAUCUCCAAGGGCUUUAGAGAAUUGGAGGAAAUGUGGGCCGAUGGCUAAUGGAUGUGGAGUUUCUUUUUGGAAUGAUGAAAAUGUUCUAAAAUCAUGCUAAUUAUUCCAUAACUCUGAAUAUACUACAAGGCGUUAUAUGGGUGAAUUGCAUGGAAUGUAAAUUUAUAUAAAGAUGGUACACUUUAUAUGGGUGAAUUGCAUGAUAUGUGAAUUCUAUCUCAAUUAAGUUUGUUGUAAAGAGCCUAUUGCAAAUGCUUAUCUGUUAAUGCCAAUCUGUAAUAAAAAUGUUAUGUAUUUCA